UCUUAAAUGCUUUCAUGUGUUCAAAUAGCGCAGACGUCAGUGAAUCUGUCUGCGAUAUGGUGGAAGAAGUUAGGUUACCUCCGGUUAGUUCUUAGUUGCCCACGUAGAACAUGUCGCAGCUCGACGAUGUUUUCAUAUAAUGGAUAAUGAAACGAGUGCGAAUUCAAAGGUGGAACAAACAAACCAUGUCGUACUUAGGAGAUUGGAGGCAAGCAUUACGCGCUCCUCUUGUCUACAGAGUUGCUAACAGUACUUUUCGCAUUCAAAGUCAAUAUUUGGCUUUAAUAUUUUUACUGUUAUCUGCUUCUUUAUUCUUAUUCGGGUUCCCUUUGUUACGUGGAAUUGUACGUCCCUUGCCAGCGAAUCAAUGUGUAACACAGUGUAGAUAUCAAAAGUACAACAAGACUUAUCCUUUGUCAUCGCCAGUCAGGACUUCCAAGGGUUUCACUUACAGAAUAGCAAUAGUAAGUGAUCUUGAUCAUGAUUCCAGAAGUUUAGACAAAAAGAAUCUGUGGUAUAGCAUCAUGAAAACUGGAAGUCUCUUUUGGAAUCCAAGCACAAACAGUCUUUCUAUCAUUUGGGACGAUAGGAACCAGAUGUUAACGUCAUCUUUAACUAUGAAAGGACGUGGCAUGGAGCUAUCUGAGUUAGUUACAUUUGAUGGACAUUUAUUGUCGUUCGAUGACCGUACAGGAGUUGUAUAUAUUAUUGAAGGAGAAGAAGCUUAUCCUUGGGUGAUUUUAAUGGAUGGCAAUGGCAAGAACACCAAAGGAUUUAAAUCGGAAUGGGCAACUGUUAAGGAUGAAUAUUUAUACGUAGGCAGCAUGGGGAAAGAAUGGACCACUCCUUCAGGAGAGUUUCAGCACAAUAAUCCUCUUUGGAUAAAAAUAAUUUCUCCAUGUGGAGAGGUACAAUCUUCGAAUUGGAUUUCCAAUUACAAAAGAUUAAGACAAGCGCUUGAUAUUGAAUAUCCAGGCUACAUGAUUCACGAAUCAGGAGCUUGGAGUGAUAUACACAAAAGUUGGUUCUUUUUACCAAGACGAUGUUCUCGUGAACGUUAUAACGAAACGAAAGAUGAAACUAUGAGUUGCAAUGUAUUAUUGACUACAGAUGAAAAUUUUGUAGACAUCAAAGUUACCAAAGUUGGAACUUUACUUCCGCUCCGAGGUUUCUCCAGUUUCAAAUUUUUACCGGGGUCUCAAGAUUCAAUUAUCGUUGCUCUUAAAACUGAAGAGUACCAAGGGCAAACUGCUACUUACAUCGUAGCAUUUACGAUUACUGGGACUAUAAUAAUGCCCGAGACGAAAGUGAUAGAUAAGAAAUUCGAGGGUCUAGAGUUUAUAUAACAUUCCAUUUAGGAACAGACCUGGCGAAUUUCGAAAUCAUAAAGUGUAACUAAAUGUACAGCUUUUAUAUUUUAAUAGUUCAUUCAUAUCACAUAGCGAAACGACUUUGUAAAACACUCUACAUAGUUUUAUCCCAGUGUCAGUAUUGUGUUCGAGCGUAUGUAGUUCGUUUCGCAUAGCACACUUACCAAAAACGCCUAUAUACAUGCCACGUGCAUGUAAGACUGCGGUAAGGGGCGGCGUGACUUAGCGCCCACGUUGCGACGACAGCUACUGUGAACAUAAUGUACAUAAAAAUUUAUUACGAAAAUGUAAAAAAGAAUGUUAACUAAAACGAACAAUUAUUGUGAAACUGUAAUAUAGAAAACGUGUCUUGAUCUUUUGCUCAAUGACCAACAAUAUACGCCGUGAAUUACAAAAACGUU